CCGCAAUCCCCAAACUUCACUGUCUGCCCUCUUUUUGAUCUUCCUCUACUUUGUGCACUUUUCACUCUUGCCUGGCUGUUCACCGCGUCAACCUUACUUCUACACGCUAUCACAUCUCACUCAGUGUACCUGCCUGCGCUCAUUCAAUUUUCUCCCACAUCUCUCGAGUACUGCCAACAAACCCACUCCCCGCCACGACAGGACUCGGUCUGCGAUCGCCGCUAUGUCGGACAAAUUAACAAGAAUUGCUAUUGUCAAUAGUGACAAGUGCAAACCAAAAAAAUGUCGUCAAGAAUGUAAAAAGUCUUGCCCCGUCGUUCGAACCGGCAAACUCUGCAUCGAAGUCACUCCCGAAUCCAAGAUUGCCUACAUCUCCGAGCGUUUGUGCAUUGGCUGUGGUAUCUGUCCGAAAAAAUGUCCAUUCGGUGCGAUUCACAUCAUCAACCUUCCCACAAACCUCGAGACCCAGGUCACCCAUCGGUAUUCUGCAAACAGUUUCAAGUUGCACAGACUUCCCAUGCCCCGGCCUGGUCAGGUUCUUGGUUUGGUAGGCACAAACGGUAUCGGCAAGAGCACGGCUUUGAAGAUCUUGAGUGGAAAAUUGAAGCCCAACUUGGGUCGAUAUGACAACCCACCAGAUUGGGAAGAGAUUUUGCGAUACUUUCGUGGCUCUGAAUUGCAAAAUUACUUUACAAAGGUUCUCGAGGAUGACCUCAAGGCCAUUGUCAAACCUCAGUACGUCGACCAACUGCCACGAGCCAUCAAGGGCCCCAUCAAGAAUGUCAAGCCCUUGAUUCAACAAAAGUCCGAAUUGGGCAAUCUCGACCACAUCAUGGACGUCUUGGAACUCAACGCCGUUUCCGAGCGUGAGGUCUCGCUUCUCUCUGGCGGAGAACUCCAACGAUUUGCCAUUGCCCUAGUUGCCGUUCAAAAAGCGGACGUUUACAUGUUUGACGAGCCCUCGUCCUACCUUGAUGUCAAACAACGUCUAAGCGCAGCAAAGACCAUCCGUGAACUGUUGAGACCCGACGACUACGUGAUUGUCGUCGAACACGAUUUGUCAGUCCUUGAUUACCUCUCCGAUUUCAUCUGUGUGCUCUACGGAAGACCUGCCGUUUACGGUGUCGUCACCCUCCCGUCCUCAGUUCGUGAGGGUAUCAAUAUUUUCCUCGAUGGCAACAUUCCAACCGAGAAUCUCCGAUUCCGCGAGGAGAGCUUGACUUUCCGUAUUGCCGAAGCUGGUGAAGACUAUAUGGCCGAUCGAGAUCGUGGCUUCCAAUAUCCCCGCAUGCAGAAAACCUUGGGCGGUUUCCAUUUGAGCAUCGAAAAGGGCGAUUUCACUGACUCGGAGAUCAUCGUCAUGAUGGGUGAAAAUGGAACAGGCAAGACGACUUUCAUCAAGAUGCUUGCCGGCGCAGAACAACCCGAUGGAACCACCAGGGUUCCCAAGCUCAAUGUCUCGAUGAAACCCCAAAAGAUCACACCCAAGUUCACCGGUACUGUCCGCCAGCUUUUCUUCAAGAGGAUCAAGGCCGCUUUCCUGAGCCCUCAAUUCCAGACCGACGUUUACAAACCCUUGAAGAUUGACGACUUCAUUGACCAAGAAGUUCAAAAUCUCUCGGGUGGUGAAUUGCAACGUGUGGCCAUCGUUCUGGCUCUUGGUAUCCCUGCCGACAUCUAUCUUAUCGACGAGCCAUCCGCCUAUCUCGAUUCCGAGCAACGUAUCAUCGCUGCACGUGUCAUCAAGCGGUACAUCAUGCACGCCAAGAAGACAGCCUUUAUCGUCGAGCACGAUUUCAUCAUGGCCACUUAUCUCGCUGAUCGUGUCAUUGUCUUUGACGGCAAACCAUCCGUGGAUGCUCGAGCAAACGCGCCAGAAUCUCUCCUGACUGGAUGCAACAAAUUCUUGAAAAAUCUUGAUGUGACCUUCCGUCGAGACCCCAAUUCAUACCGUCCUCGCAUCAACAAAUACCAAUCUCAAAUGGACCAGGAGCAGAAGCUAGCGGGCAACUACUUCUUUUUGGAAGAUGAGAGUUAAAAUUGCAUUUUUCACCAAGGGCAACUAUCAAAACUAUCAUCACCGUCAUCAUCACCACGAUGAACAAAAGCAUAAUGACCAGCACCAUUACGACGGAACGAGUCACGAUCACGACCAACCGGUCAGCAGCCAUACCAGCUCCACGACGUUGAAGAGCACGGGCAAAGGUGCAAAAAAGCGUAGAGGAGGUGUUGUGAUCAACGACGAAGAUGCCGAAUCGGAAGAAAGUGAUGAAGAGGGAGAUGACCUUCCCGGCAGUGGUUGACCUCCUGCGCCCUUGGAGAAAGAUGUCAUUGCAGAUUGUUCGCUUUCAAUGUGUAAUGGGAUCUUCUCUUCGCGAUCUUUUUGCGAACAGGGUCCGGGUCAAGUUAGGUGGCCACUGCCUCAUCAGCCCCAUUUUUGACUAGGCGACUACGGAGUAGGUAGCAUCAAUGUGGGUCGAAGCGGGUACGGGCGAGACGUUAGCUCUUCUUUUGCCAAAGCUAUCAGGAAGACGUGAACGAGGCAGGUGACAAGCCUGUCGUGCUCGCAGUGGUGGUGGAAAAGCAUUCCCCUUACAGAGACACCUACCAGCAGCCGACCUUAAUGGUCUCUCAUUCCUUUGCUGGCCACUCGACGGGACAUGUUGCUGUCGACGUAGAUGAAUUGAAGAACAGAGAUACUAUCAAGACAUGAAAUCAAAAUGUUUUCAUGCUCGUGCUUGAAAUUUUG